AUAGAUUAUUUAAAAAUUAUGACAUUGAGUUGAAUCGUUUAAAAUGGCGUACAAAGUAGUAUCGUUAUUUGUAAUUUUAUGUAUAGUGAGGGGAGAGGACAAGAUUAAAGACUUUGAGUUCCAGAGCGAUCCGGAUGAAAUGAUGAUAGCCCAGGAGUCUAGGUAUUAUCAGACUAUAGUCAAACCUCCAGUGAAGAUACUAAAACCUGUGGGGGUCACUAAUUCCCACAGACCCCAAUAUAAUAUAGACUCUAUAGAAGAUGAACCGUUAUUUGAGAAGCAAGCGUUAACAACAAGAAGAACAAUUAAUUACACUCCGUCUUACAAACUGAGAUCUAAGGAAGGGAUGAUAAAAGACGCGGUGAUGAAGGCAAUGGAAAGGAAGGACCACGUUGGCAAGUUUGCGCAGAUCCUCCCCAUCAUCAGAGCGAUGUCGGGAAACCAGAGAGUGGCGCUGGCGUCUCUGGUAGCCAGCCAAGUCACGACACCUCCAGGUAGAGCGCCGUUGAAUUUAGCGCAGGUGAGAUCGAUGUUCGGUAAUGAUGCAAACACAACGACAGACUUAAUGCUACCAAUACUAUUAGACAUGGCGAAUUUAAUUAGACGCGCCGUCAGACCUGGCAAGCAGUUGAGAGAAAUCACACAACCACUCGUACCACAGGCACAAAUUUCAAGACGAUCAUUCACAGAAGACACGUUAGAUGAAGAACCGUUCGAUAUCAUACCCACAGACAUCCACUAGACCGCCAUUCAUUCAGAGAUUAAGAAACCGCAGAAUCAUACCGCAGGAAAUCAAUCACAAAACGUAGCGGACGAAAAAAUCGACACAAAAGACACUAAAACAACUGAUACUGAAACCAAUUCACAUAAAGUUUAUGACAAUGUAAGUAUACAAUAUACAAAUAUAACCAAAUAUGAUAACAACACAAUAGACCUGGCAGCAGACUCCACCAAUCAGACCCUGGCACAGGAUCUACCAGUAGCUGAGAAGUUGCGAGCACUUAACAGAUAUAUCGACCGAAAAGGCAACUUGUUUAGACGGGGUUCCUACUCGCCUAAACCUCCAGUUGGCCGCAGAACUACAGCGGAACCGACCCUUAAUCCUAUCAGGAGACGGCCAUUACCAGCGAGGAAGCUGCCGACACCAAGCGAGCAGGCCAAAUGCGAGCUGUUCACAAACUCGCUGUGUCUACAUGCAGACGAUUAUCCAACGUAA